AACGUAUUUAUGACUGUUACCGGUACAUCUUAUUCUGCAAGUGCGAAGGGAUGAACCGGCAUUUUCCAGGGGGGUGGCUUUCCAAUUUGGCUGUAGUAACUGAAAUUGCAACUUGGAACACAGGCUUCCUGCCAUUGGAAAAGACCCCACUGAUAUAGAGUUCCCCUGCCUGGCGCUGCAAGGGCCCAGGGUUUUUCAUGUCGCUAACCAGUUCCACUUCACCCUCCGCGCCUCACCACGGCGUCCACCUUAGCGGAUCACCCCUCGCGCGGCACCGCCUGCAGAAGUGCCCCCUUAGACCCCCUCAUCCCGAGCCCUUAUCGCCCGCUGCUGUCGGCAUGUGGCCUCUGGGCUCUAAGUCGAAGAAAUCCUCGCGGCAUUGGCUGAGCUGGGCAGUGCCGCAGGCAGCGGGCAAGCCAGGUGCUGGGCACAGUCCCGAACGACGGGGUGAGGACGACAGCUUCGUCAUCACCGCCUCCGCCCUCGCGCCCGCCCUCGCCUCCUCCGCCCCCAUGGCUGCCUCCUCCUCCUCCACCACCGCCUCCCAAUCCGCCGGCCUGCACCACUUCCACCCGCAUCACACCCACCAUCCGCACCCGCACCACCCCCACCCGCACACGCAUGCCGCCUCCGCUGCGGCCUCCCUCCUGUCCGGCCCGUCUGACGAGCUGCUGUCGCCGCGGCCUACCUCCCUGGCUCCCCGGAUGCCGUACCAGCGGUUAGCUGGCUCGUCCAACGCUGCCAGCGCUGCGCCCUCCUCCGGUGGUGCUGGAGUAGUUACCAGCCAGCCGCCCGUCUCCUCCCUUGAUGGCAACGACUUGGCGCUGUCUGCUGCUGCCGCUGCUGCUGCCGCGCGGCGCAGUGCGCUGUGUGAGGGUGGGCUGCCUGAUCCCGACAUGUGCGGGC